AUGCAACCCUCAUGGAGACUAUUGGCUACAGCAGCCACAGGAAACGGCCUGAGGCCAGCGCCUAUGGCAUUAUUACCACCGAUUCCUCUUUAUCGACGCCUAUUUAGAGCUCAUCGGAAACACUUACCACAUGAGGAGCGUCUAAUUGGCGAUGAAUACAUCAAGGCCGAGUUUCGUGCUCAUAGGAAUGUCGAUAAUCCGGCGCAUUUAAUUGGGUUCCUUACGGAAUGGCAACUCUACGCUCAGAAAAUCGAAGGCAAGUCAUGGGUUGGCGAAAAGUUGGAUCCUGAGAAAGUUGAGAAAAUGAGUGACCAACAGAUGGGACAGCUGUAUGAACUCAUGAAAGCGAUUCAGAAGAGGCAUAGGGAUGGUAGCGAGGAAUGA